GUUUUCUUAUUAAUUCAAAAAGUACUGUAGUAGUGUAUAAGAGAUUGUUUUUUUAAUUUUCCCUGCUUCUGAUCCUUAAGAUCAGAAGUGGAAUAGUGGUCCCACGUCCUGGUUUGUACAUUCUGAUACGAUGUGUUUCCAUUGUUAUUUCAUUAAUUGGCUAGUCAUACGACCAGAAACAUAUUUUUGGAAAUUGUAACCCUUUGUUUUCGGUGUUUCGUAUAAUAUACGUAAGUAAGACGCGAUGUGACGAUGUGAUCAAGUUUUAUAAUGUCAAUUUUGUCUGCCAUCAAGGCAAAACUUACGGAGUUGGGAUGUUAUGUUGAUGAUGAGUUGCCGGACUAUGUGAUGGUGAUGGUGGCUAACAAACGCACUCGCGCUCAAAUGGACGAGGAUCUCCAGCUGUUUCUGGGGGAUAAUACGGAGCUCUUUGUAAACUGGUUGCAUCAAGUGCUAAAGAAAUUGCAAGAAGUACAGGUGACAACCCCAUUGAAACCAGUAGAAACUGACAAGGUCAAAGAGAGAUCAAAAUCUAAGGAAAGGAAACCAAAGGAUAAGAAGGAAAAGGAUAAAAUCAAAAAGAAUGAUGGAGGUAAAAAAGCCAAAAAAAAGGAAAAAGAAAAGGCAUACAAAAAGAAGGAAGAUAAGAAAGUACAUAAAGAAAAGAAAAAAAGUAAGCGGCAUGAACUUAUUCGUCCAAACAUACCUCCAAUGCUCAUGAAUGUGGAAAAAGAAUCGGAACCAUCAAUAACAGAUGUGUUUGCCGGACAAAUUUUGAAAAACCAUGGGAUCACUUUAGAUCAUAAACAGGAUAUGACACAAAUUGAUACAAGUGUGCCCAAAGAUAAGAGACCAAUUGUACCUAUAAUAGAUCCAGCUUCAAUACCAUCACAGUCUGAACCAGUACCAGACGAGAACAAGAAGAUAUCUGCUAGAGAAGAACAAAUAAAAGAAGUGAAUGAUAUUGAAGUUAAAAUUAGUGGCUUAAAAAAGAAACUUGCGGACCAGUUAGAUACAAUGUCUGAGGACGAAGAUUUCCUUAAUAUUAGGACUGAAGCAGAAGAGCUUUUAAAUGACUUUGCCGAAGAUGUUUUUCAGGAAAUUUCACAAACAGCACCAGUAGCUACUCCACCACUUGCGUCUCGAAAGUCUCCGACUCCACAAACUCCUGCACCAAUAAUACAAACUCAAAAAGACCCUCCCAAAGACCUCCCAAAACACAUACCCAUAAAUAUACCCAAUGAGGUAUCAAAAGAUUUGCCUAAAGAUAAACCUAAACCAGUACAAAUCCUGCCCCAAAUUGAACUUAACCUUCCCAAAAGACCUAUAAGAGAGAGACUUGGAGUUCGCAGGACUACUAAGGAGUCAACGGAAAACAAAGAAAAGGACAAAAAUAAGGCAAAAUUGCCCACAAGUCCUGAAAGAUUAACACCAGAGAGACAGCCUGAAGCAAAACCCGAACAGCCCGUGAAGAAGUAUUCAGGCAGUACACCUGAGCGACCUCGCACAACUUCUAUAUCUGAAGAAUCUCCAGUAGAAAAACCUGAACAGAAUAAAAUACAGAAUACAAAAGAAACUGUGGUGGACAAGACGCGUCAGACACGUGGUAAUUGUGCGAGCGUGGUGCGCGUGCGGCCUCGCCCCCGCGUCUCCGCCCCCGCCUCCAACUUGCUCAUGAGAGCGGUCGCAGAUGCACACAAGAGCUUGCUAAAUGCACCACCGAAAAUAGAACUAGAAAAGCGUAAAUUACAGCGCGCAUUAGUACUGCCUAUGCGGCGUUGUAUUGAAACUCAGAACAUCGUGAUCCAAGUGCCCAGAGACGUGCAGACCGAUACCAAAUCUGAUGUAGUCAAAACUGACAAGGAAAACAAUGGAGAAAACAGAAAUAAGUCAUCAAUUAACAUCACAAUUAAUAGAGAAAAUGAUGAUAUUGUAACACCAGUUCAUAUAACUAAAAUAAUUAAUAACACGGACUAUGUACCGGAUAGGACGGCCAGUAAGAAAGACGACACACUCAUCAUUGAAACUAAGAAUAAACAGAAGCAGAGUGGAAAAAAACAUAAAGAUACCCAAUUCAUUGUUACAAUGGAUGGUUUCCAGCCGAACACAUUCCUUGCAAAGAAACUCAUGAUGGAAGGAUUACUCGAUGUAGAUGAUGAACUAACUAAAACUAUACUUCCUAAACCAGCAAAAAGUGUUUUGAUAACAAAGGAAAGUGAAGAUGAAACCAAAGAAAAAGAAAACCAAGAAACAGUUGAAAAACAAGCUGAAAACAAAGAAAAGAGAAUGAAAGAAGAAUCACCAACGGCUAAUGAAUGUGCAAAGAGAAAACUAAGUGUCGAAAACGAAUCAAGUGAAAUUCUAAAGAAAGAACCGAAGGAUGAUGAACAAAAGAAAGCAUUAAGUGAUAAAAGUGAUAAUCAAAAGAAAAGAUUUAGUGAUGCAAGUGAAGAAAGUGAUACGCAAGUGAUAAUAAAAAAAGAACCACAACAAACGGGAGAAAAAAGAAAGAGUGUAGAUGUAAGCGUUAGUAAUAAUACAUCGGAAAAAAUUGUGACGCCGCCAGUAAAGAAAAGAAAAGCAUCGCCUAUUAUAUUUAAUAUAGAAAAGAAAGAGAAAGAAACAGAACGGGUGAGAGAGAGGACGCAGAGCGCAAGCAGUGAUGGUCAUGUUACCAUCACCACAUCAUCUAAUUCUCAUAAGUUUGAUUCUGUACCACCCUUAAGCGUAGCGGAACGUAAGCUGAUGUGGUGCCGCGCGUUCCCGCUGUGUCGGUACGGGUCUGCGUGCGCGUUCACCCACCCGCGCUGCAAGUUCGCUGCGAGCUGCACGCGCCGCGGCUGCGUAUACUCGCACACCCCGCCCACAUCGCCGCCCGCUAUCGCAUCUCACGUGGUGCCCGCAGCUAACUAUAAGACGAUAUCAUCAGGUGGUGCGAUCAGUAUUUGCAAGUAUUAUCCUAGCUGUGUGAAUCCUGCCUGCCACUUUUAUCACCCGAAGCCGUGCAGAUACGGCAAGGCGUGCACCAACAAGCUAGAAUGCAACUUCUACCACAAUGACUCGCCCUCCGCCAAGUGGAAAUAUGCAUAGUCAUAGACAAUAAAUAUAAUUUUAAUACGGCGUAAAGAAUUAUAAAUGUUCCAAUUUA